AUGGUUAAUUGGACUCAAAGAUUUGUUACAGGAUUGAUUGGAGGUCCCAUUGUUUUGUACGCAAUCUAAAAUUAAUUAGCACUCUGCGUCCUUAUUAAUGUGGUGCUCUAUUUGUUACAUGCAGAAUUCUAAAAAUUGAUUUCGAAUGUACUUAAACAUAAUUGCAGUGAUUCAGAUCGUUGGUAUGUGGAAACCAUGUCAUCCUCUUGGUUCAUUCGAAUUCCCACUCAUUAUUUCAUUACUAUGUCCAUAAUGCAGAGCAAUCCAUUAAGUGUUCAUUUACAUAUGGUCAUAUCCAUUUUCUUCUUACUUCUUGUUAGAUUGAUGAAUUAUCUAAAAAUUAGCGAUUUCUUAAAAUAAAAUGAGAAGACUAUCUCAGAUAAGUUUCCAAGUCAAAUGGUUGAAAAGAAAAUUCAAAUGUUAACAUUCUUCUAAAUGUCUGCUGAUAUAGUAUAAUUCAUGCUAUUUGUCUAUCCUCUCAAUUUUGUUUUGAUAGUUUUCCAAUUUAAAUAAGCAUAAGCUUUGAAUCUCAUUUGGUUGAUAUCUGCUUGGUAAACUGAUAAUGGUGCGUUGUUUAUGGGUUCCAUGUUUGGUAAAACAUUAUUUUGUCCAAAAAUCUCACCAAAUAAAACAUGGGAGGGGGUCAGUGGAGGUAUAUUCUUAAGUGUCUUUUCUUCACUCAUACUCUCACAACUGAAUUUUUUAUCUUUUAUCACUUUGGACAGUCUCCAUACAAAGCAUUUCCUAUUAAUUUCCUUGAUAGUUUCUAUAGCAUCUAUUUUUGGAGAUUUGAUUGAAUCCUUCAUCAAAAGAGUUGCUGACGUCAAGGAUUCUGGCUCACUCUUUCCUGGCCAUGGAGGUAUUCUUGAUAGACUUGAUUCCCUAUGUUUUAGUGCACCUUUUGUUUACCUAUAUAUUCAAAUGUAUAUGCAUGAUGUUUUAGAAGAGGUGUGA